AUGUCUCCAUCAGUGUUGCCUCUGCAAAUACAUUUACCUAACUUGCAGACAAUCCAGGUCAUGCCUCAUGAAAAUUUAGACGAAGUCAUUUCAAAUGACAGAAGAUCUCGAACUCAACUGACAGAAUUCUUUAGGGCAAACUCUGCCACGCCUGAUGGGACGGGCUAUACAUAUGCAGAAUUCCCCGAGCAUUAUAAGUGGGAGGGUAAAGAAUGGAAAAAAAGAAGCAACAAGACCGUUGUUGUUGGAAGGCUCGAUUUUGUAACACCUGCUGAAGGAGAGCGUUACUUCCUCAGAUUAUUACUGAUGCAUGUGCAUAGCCCGCGCUCCUUUGAUCAUCUUCGUAAUGUUGAUGGAUAUAAGUGUGCCACUUUUCAGGAGGCAGCUUUGCGGCUGAAAUUACUAGAGGAAGACAAUGCUGCCGACUUAUGCUUAGCUGAAGCGUGUGAAGUGCAAAUGCCCACUGCUUUCCGGCAACUUUUUUCAACAAUUCUGAUCUUCUGCCAGCCAAGUGACCCCAAUUCCCUCUGGUUGAAGUACUAUGACGCUCUCUCUGAAGAUUUUAGGCACCAGUUCCCGGGUUCUGACAGCAAGUCAAGGGAACUCACUUUUAGGGACUUUGGCCUACAGCAUUUGAAUGCCUUUCAAGAUGAUGAAUUCAGGCGAACAAAAGACAUUAUCGAUGCACUUGAUGCACCCAUACCUCACGACUGCAUUGAUGCCCGCAACACAUUAAACCAAGCACAUCAUGAGGCAUUUGACAGCAUUAUUGACCACGUUCUCAAGGGGAAACCUGGUGCAUUCUUCAUAGACGGGCCCGGAGGAACAGGAAAAACGUUCCUAUACAAUGCUCUCUAUGCAGAAGUUUGUUUGAUGAACAAGAUUGUCCUUCCAACUGCCACAUCUGGAAUUGCAGCAUCAAAUAUACCUUCUGGGAGGACUGCUCACUCUCGGUUUAAAAUACCAAUAGAUUCUGAUGCAUCCCUUGCUUGUGAUGUUCCUAAACAGGGCAGCCUUGCAUGUUUAAUAAAAGAAACAUCGUUAAUUAUUUGGGACGAAGCUUCAAUGGCAAGGAAAGAAAAUGUGGAGUCCCUAGACAUGCUUCUUCGAGACUUGUGUGAUGAGAAUGUCCUUUUUGGUGGCAAGCUUGUGGUUUUUGGUGGCGACUUCCGUCAGGUCCUACCCGUCCUACCACGCAAAACACAGCGAGAAGCUGUUGCCGCUAGCUUGGUCAGUUCUGUUCUUUGGCCUCAAUUCAUAAGGUUCAACCUCACUGAAAAUGUACGGGCAAGAGAAGAUCCCUACUUUUCUGCAUUUUUGCUUUCUCUCGGAAAUGGUGAGCUGCAAACCGGCGAGAAUGACCUUGUGCAAUUGCCAAUGCAGAUAGUACACCCAUCUGAGGGCACUGCUGACCCUAUUGCCGAACUUACAACUAUAGCAUUUCCCGAGGUAGAUGUUCGCAGAUCCGCCCCUGCCAAUUUCACAACAACGGCUAUACUGACCCCCCUGAAUGAAGAUGUUGACGAUAUCAAUGCUACCUUGAUAGACAAAUUCCCUGGAGAAUCUGUAAUGUACAGGAGUUUCGAUACAGUCCUUGAUGAUAAUAACGCGAUUUAUCCUCCUGAGUUUAUACACACCCUCUGCCCAGGUGGGAUGAGCCCACACAAGCUCGUCUUGAAGAAAAACAACCCUGUUCUUCUGCUACGCAAUAUCCUACCCUCAUCUGGCCUGUGCAAUGGGACACGGAUGAUAUGCAAGAACUUCUACCCAAAUCUGAUUGAAUGUAUCAUCACGACGGGGCAGCACAGCGGAAACCAUGUUCUUAUACCCCGAAUCAGACUGCGCCCUUCUACAUCUUCCAAUUAUCCUUUCCAGUUUUAG